AUGCAACCUUCUGGCCAGGGGCGGACUGACAACUCAUGGGGCCCCUGGGCAAUAGGGGAUCAUGGGGCCCCUGUGUCCUUGCCCACACUCAAACCACACCCAAAAAAGCCUAUAAAAAAGGUACCAGGGGCAUCUCAUGGGGCCCCUACUGACCCAGGGCAUCUCAUGGGGCCCCAAAUGAUCAGUCCGCCCCUGCUCCUGGCAGAUAUUGGGAUUAGGUUGGGAUUUAAACUGACAACCCUACUACUGCAAGGCAUACUUUUGAGAUCAGCUUGAGAUCUUGCAAGUUUGCUUUUGAAUCACUUCAUUAAAAAAUUUUAUUUUAUUUUAU